UUCUAUUAUCUUUGGUUGGGUGUGUUUUGUAAGCUGCUGAGGUCUGUGUUGAUAAUCUGCAGAUGACGUAAACUUUUAGUAACGCACUACUUGAAUGAUUCGAUUGCCAAACGAAAUAAGGUUGCUUCCAAAUAUGCAGUGAGGGUAUUUUUCACUUCUUCUUAAACUAACAUGUUUUAUCAUAUUUCAUUGGAACAUGAGAUUCUUCUGCAUCCCCGUUAUUUUGGUCCACAGUUACUGGAGACAGUUAAACAAAAGUUAUAUACUGAAGUAGAAGGAACUUGUACUGGAAAGUAUGGCUUUGUAAUAGCUGUAACCUCCAUUGACAACAUUGGGGCGGGACUCAUACAACCUGGUCAGGGAUUUGUUGUGUAUCCUGUGAAAUACAAAGCUAUUGUGUUCAGGCCUUUCAAGGGAGAGGUUCUAGAUGCUGUUGUAACUCAAGUGAAUAAGGUUGGAAUGUUUGCUGAAAUUGGACCUCUAUCAUGUUUCAUUUCGCAUCAUUCCAUUCCAGCUGACAUGCAGUUCUGUCCAAAUUUUAACCCACCUUGUUACAAGUCAAAAUAUGAGAAUGUUGUUAUCCAGGCAGAUGAUGAAAUACGUCUAAAGAUUGUGGGUACAAGAGUUGAUGCGUCUGGUAUUUUUGCCAUUGGGACCUUAAUGGAUGACUAUCUUGGUUUGGUAUGCAGCUAGUUGAUGAUGUCUGUAACACGCAGACACAGAAAGUAUUCUAAUCCUUUGCAAUUCAGAGACAUUGUGCUCCAUUGUACAGGUUGGUAUGAAAGAUAAUUAUGAUUUGAUUAUUUUUGACAUACAAUUUUCAAAAACUGGGAACUUCCAUGCAUAUUAGACUGAAAAGAGGUGAUAUUAUAUUAUAGAACUCUGGAUUUGAGCAUUGAGGUUUUUGUCACAAAACUGCUGUACAUGUUUGUAGUGUUACUUUAAAAUAAUGGCUGUCUGAAUGUUAGAAUCAUACAUUGUCAUUGUUUGCUGUUAAUUUAUCUUAUUUUUGUGAUUAUAUAAAAAUAAAACAUUCAUACAUUUUUAUAGUA